GCCCUCCCACCACCACCAACACACACAUACACACACUCGGGCGCAUUUUUUUUUCAUCGUGAGCCGGUCAAGAUGGCGGCGGUACUACCAAGACGGAGCAGCCGCUCGGCUUAAUCGAUCAUUUUCUCUAAAUCACCGGGGCAGAUCGGGUUCAGACCGACCGAAUCGCGUGGCACGACUGUGUGAAAUCACCCGCGGCCUGCGAUAUACAACGUGAGAUUCAAUCGCGUUAAACCCGGUGUUUUUUUUUUUUAACGGAAAUGCUCUUACUCUAGUUUGUGUCUCGUCCGUUAGCUCUAUUUGGGGAGAAUGGGAGACAAGCUGGAGUUAAAACUGAAGUCUCCGGUCGGAGCCGAAGCUGCAGGCUAUCCGUGGCCCUUACCUGUUUAUGAUAAACACCAUGAUGCUGCACAUGAAAUAAUCGAAACUAUUCGCUGGGUUUGUGAAGAAAUCCCAGAUCUUAAGCUGGCCAUGGAGAACUAUGUUCUUAUCGACUAUGACACCAAGAGCUUUGAGAGUAUGCAGAGACUAUGUGAUAAGUACAACAGAGCCAUUGACAGCAUUCACCAACUGUGGAAAGGGACAACCCAACCCAUGAAACUCAACAAGCGGCCUUCCAACGGCCUGCUGCGUCACAUCCUGCAGCAGGUCUACAACCACUCCGUCACCGACCCAGAGAAACUCAACAACUACGAGCCAUUCUCUCCCGAGGUGUACGGAGAGACCUCCUUCGACCUGGUGGCUCAGAUCAUCGAUGAGAUGGAGAUGAUGGAAGACGACACCUUCGUGGAUCUGGGCAGUGGAGUUGGUCAGGUAGUCCUGCAAGUCGCUGCAGCCACCAACUGUAAACACUACUACGGCGUGGAGAAAGCAGACACUCCAGCAACCUAUGCAGAGUCAAUGGACAGGGAGUUUAAGAGAUGGAUGAAGUGGUAUGGCAAAAAACAUGGCGAGUACACGCUGGAGAGGGGAGAUUUUCUUUCGGAAGAAUGGAAGGAACGAAUAGCCAACACAAGUGUUAUUUUUGUGAAUAACUUUGCCUUUGGUCCUGAGGUGGACCACCAGCUGAAGGAACGAUUCGCCAACAUGAAGGAAGGUGGAAAAAUUGUAUCCUCAAAACCUUUUGCACCUCUAAACUUCAGAAUAAACAGUCGAAACUUGAGUGAUAUUGGCACAAUAAUGAGAGUAGUUGAGCUGUCCCCACUGAGGGGAUCGGUUUCGUGGACGGGGAAGCCAGUGUCGUACUAUCUGCAUACGAUAGACCGCACCAUACUUGAAAACUAUUUUUCUUGUCUCAAAAAUCCUAAACUCAGGGAGGAGCAGGAGGCGGCCAGAAGGCGCCAGCAGAAGGACAGUAAGGAGAAUAAGAGCAACACCACCACCCCGACCAAGCCCAAGGAGAACAAGCAGGCGCAGCAUGACUCUGGUGGUGAGGAGGAGCGCUCAAACUCGCUCGUGCCAGUGAAACCGUCACCCAAACCCCGCCGGGCCAAACUGCUGCCCAGGGGCCGCAAGCUCAGCAACAGGAAGCGUGGACGGCCUAAGAAAGCUGCCGCUGCCACUGCAGCCGAGCGCAAGAACAAGAAGAGCCAGAGCGCCCUUGAUCUGCUGCAUGCCAAGACCCUCUCAGCGGCCCCCCCUCAGGAUGCAUACAGGUCACCUCAGAGUCCAUUCUUUCAGCUACCUCCCAAAGUGCAGCAUUAUACAUCCAGCCAGCUUCUCAUGAGCCCCACUCCACCAGGCCUGCAGGCUCUGCUCGAUAACGUGAAAGUCCAGUACCUGCAGUUCAUGGCCUACAUGACGACACCCCAGUACCGGACCAACCUGCAGCAAGCCCUUGAGCAGGAAAAGCUGAGACACACAGAACUGUCGGGUCAAGCCCAGCAGCUGCUCAACACUUGUCACGCUCAUAAAGAGAGGAUCAGAGACCUUUUCCAAUCCAAACUGGAGGAGCUGGGUGUGAAGGCGGUGACCGUGGAGGACCUGGUGCAAGCUCAGAAGGAGAUCACAGCCCACAACAUGCAGCUGAGGGAGCAGACCAAACAGCUGGAGCAGGACAUGGCAGAGCUUCGCGAUCAGAGCCUGGUGCUGCUGAAGGCUCGGUGUGAGGAGCUCAAGCUGGACUGGGGAUCUCUGUGUCUGGAGACUCUGUUGAAAGAGAAAGCGGCUCUGCGAAGACAAAUCUCGGAGAAACAGCGCCACUGUCUGGAGCUCCAGAUCAGCAUCGUUGAACUAGAGAAGAGCCAGAGGCAGCAGGAGCUCCUGCAGCUCAAGUCUUACAACCCGUGUGAGGACUCCCCCUACCAAAAGGCCCUUCCUGGUCCAGAUCCCCGGCCCACAAUGGAUUCCGACACCCCCAAACUCACCCCGCACGCUUCUGUAGCGCUCAACGGCCUCAGCCCAGAACUGUCCAUCAAUGGCACGGCCUCGCCGGGUUACGAGAGGGGCAGUGGCAGCGGAAUGGGCAAAAACAAGCUUCUCACCCGUUACCUGCCUAUUUCCCCUGACCACGAAAUUGUGCCGCCCACCCCCGACUCAAGAACCAGGCAGCUAGGGCAACCCCUGCCCGACUACACCCGUUUCUCUCCAGCUAAGAUCGCCCUCCGCAGGCACCUCAACCAAGAUUCGGCUGCCAAUCAGUUUAGAGCCCUAAGCAACAUCCACUGGGGUGACACAAGUGCCGUUUCAUCUUCAAUGCUGGGAUUCAAACAUUCUUGCUCCUCACCCAGUUCAGCGGAUAUUCAAGCGACCACCACACCCAAGAGCACAGAUAAGGAAAAGAGCCCAGCUGCCCCCGGCGACACCAUAACCAGUCUACCAAUCAGCAUCCCCCUCAGCACUGUGCAUCCCAGCAAACUUCCUGUCAGCAUCCCACUGGCCAGCGUGGUGCUGCCGAACCGUGCUGAAAGAUUGAGAAACACUCCUAGUCCAGUUUCAAAUCCUGCAGGACAGAGCAAUGGCAAGCCGCCUCUCACGCCUACCUCAGGGUAUUCCUCCAGCUCAGGAUUGGUGAAUGGCUCUCACUCCGCCAUGCUGACCGAGGACCAAGACUGUGAUGCUGCAUCCCCUCCCCCUCACAGCACUCCCAUCAUGGGCCUCCAGCCUCGCGGCCCUGGCCUCAGUCCUGCGCUGGGCACCGGAGGUGUGCUGCAGUACGCUGACGGCCCACCAAGGCUUCCCCCCGAGGACGGCCAUGACCGGCAUGGCCCCGAAUCCGACACAGAUCUUUUGGACAGUGAGGCUCGUCGCCGUAUCUUUUUCUCCUCGUCCUCUUCUUCCUCCUCAUCCUCGUCCUCCACAGGAGGUUCAAGGCUCCACCACGGAUCAUUAAAGCAGGGUCACCAUCAUCACAGUAAGCAACAUCACCACCACCACCACCACCAUCAUCAUCAUCACUCUCCGAGCUCCCACAGCCAAGAGGGCCGGAAACGAGGGCGGCGGAAGCGCAGCUCCUCUGGGGCCAUUCCCAUUAGUGGAUCCCCCAAAAGAAGGGCAUUUCCGGGACUUGGCUGCUCAAGCCAUUCUUCUGGAUCACCGCUUAAUAUCAAUUCAAUGGUGAACAACAUAAACCAGCCUUUGGAGAUCUCCGCCAUCUCUUCCCCAGAGCAGUCAGGACGAAGUCCGUGCGGGACAGAUCUAGAUCAGCCUCCUGUGCUCAAAAGAGAGCGUCCCCUGGAGCUCAACAACACGGGUCGUUAUUCCUCCGCCCCUAGUUCUGAUGAAGAGGGUGCCAGUUUUGCCCCGGACACCUCUAGUUCAAGCCGAAUUGAACGGAAAAUCGCCACCAUUUCUUUAGAUCGAGAUGGACCUAUCAGAGAUGUGGAAAGAGGCUCGCAAGGACGUAAAUCAGGUGCCAGUAGCGUGAGCAGUGAGGUAUCAUCUUCCUCUGGAGCCAGCAAGUGGAAAUCCACCUUCUCCCCAAUCUCUGACCCCAAGCCAACUUCUACGGAUCUCCGCCAGGGUGGCUCGCCUUUUGGUGUUGGGGAUUCCCGAGGCGGUACGGAUUCCGACUCGGACCAGAAACCGCAGAGGAGAGGGGAACGGGAACGGGAACGUGAGCGUGAGCCUUACGGGAACUCGAACCUCUUCCUCAGUCAGGAUGGCAGCGGUCGCCCAGUCGUCAGCGCAUCAGAGCGGCCACAGCAGAAACAGAAAUCGCGAGAAUGGGACCUGAAAUCCGUAGGCGGAUUGGCCAGCCAGAACCUCUUUAUAUCUGCAGCGGCCAAUGGCGGCAUCUUGAGUGGAAAAGUGGGUGGGGCCACCAACAUUUCCUCCGCCUCCUCAGUGGGACAGUACUUCCCCCUGGGUGGGGCUUCGGUCCUCCAGUCCUUUUUUGGAGCUCAGACGCCUGGACCCACCACCGGCGGAGCCCCCCGGUUGGUCAACGGACAUUCGGCGCUCAGCAGUUUCUCCAGUGCCGGGCUGGCAGGGGGCGCUGCAGGAGGGAUUUUUCACCACAUGGUGCCUUCAGUCUCCUCACAGCAGUCUGGGGCCAAUCUCCCGGGCCCCGGGGCCCUCAGUUCCCAGCAGAGGCAUCUGGACACAAACCCCAAAGCGGGGGCCUCGUUCUUGGCCUCGGGCCCCUCGCAGCACAGCCGCACACAGACAGUCCUACACACACCCUCCCCACCCGCCCUCCCCCAGCCCCCUCCCCUCCUGAACACGUCCUCCGCCGCCCCGUCCCAACCUCCCUCCCCGCGUCCCGAGCGCCACCAGUCCUCAAGGCCGCAGUCGUCCCUCCCCGCCUCAUCCUCCUCACCGUCUCUGGUCGCCGCAUCAGCUUCUUCCACCUCCUCUGCUUCCUCCCGGCCCUUCACUGUGCACUAUCCCUCGCACCUGCCACCUCCACACCCUGCCGGCAGCGCAGGUUCAGGUGGGGCUGGGAUGUCCUGGAGGACUCUGGGUAUGCAGGCGUCCUACACAGCCUCGCAGAUCCCCGGCAGUCGCCCCAGAUAGGACCCGUCCAGGUGUAGGAGGGUGGGGGGAGGGCGGUUUGAUGUGGAAGUAGACUAUUGCUAGACAGACACAGGGAAGCUACUGCGCUCUGCCGGCUGUAAUGUUUUGAGUCCCUACAAGGUAUGUGGUGUUGGCAUGGAAAUGGGCUACAUGCUUUGCUGCUUAUUUUUUCUUUAUUUUUUUCUUUCAUAUUUGCAUUUCCUGCAAGUUCUUUGGGUUUCAGAAAGCGACUGUAAGACCAUUUAUGUCAGAAUUGCCAUUUUGUCUGAAAAUAUCAUUACAUGUUCAGGGCUCAACAAUGUGAGGAGUGAUUUCUACUUUUACUAGCCCACAAAAAUGCGAUUUUUAUUUUACGCAGUAUGAAUACACAAAACCUAUAAGUAAUGUAUUUUUGGAAGUGUUUUAAAAAAUAUAUAUAUAUUUUCUCCAUUAAAUGCUUCUUCCCCUGCGAAAAAAUGGACGUUUAAAAUGGGUAAUUUGGAUAUUUUACUAUGUUUCAUUAAAAUAAAAUAAUUUAAUAUUUUUAUAAUGUAACUAAAUUUCAUAAACUUUUUUGCGGUUUUGAUUAUGAUGAUUGAUUGUGCAAAAUCUAAUUGAGAUACAAUAUAAAAAAAAAAUAUGAUUUCAUAAUAUUUUUUUGUUAAUUGAUUUGAUAAAUGUGUGUGAAUCAUUUAAAUAGCUUAUUUAACUUGAUUUAAUUAUACAUUUUGUUAUUAAUAUUUGAUUUUAUAUAAUUAUAAUAAUAAAUUCAGAAUUGGAAGGUCCAUAUGAUGAAAUUUAGCUAGUAAACAUUAUGUUGCACAUUUGAGUAGUGCAUGCUAUGUACGUUUUCGACUGUAAUUAUAAAAUAUUAACCAGUUUAUUAAUAGUUCAUUAUAAUAUAAUGUAUAACUAAUUAUC